CAUGAAACCCACGGCAGAGUCGGCCUUGAGUGAACUGGGGAACAACAAUGUGACUCCCCUCUUACCCCGACCAUCAGUGUUGUUAGAGUUUAAAAACAUCCGAUGUACUAUCAACACAUUCUCCUUAGACAAAUUUCGAUUGGAACCUAGGAAUAUUUUAGAUGGCGUAGACGGGUGUUUCAAGCCAGGCGAGCUCACAGCCAUCAUGGGGCCGUCGGGAGCUGGGAAAACGACCCUCCUCAAUAUACUGGCUGGUUACACUACCCGUGGCGCCAAAGGCGAGAUCUCCGUCAACGGAGUGUGCGCGUGCGCCUCACAGUCCGGCGGGCGCGGUGGCGCACGCUACAUCCGCCAGCAGGACGACCUGCGCGCCUAUCUCACGGUCUACGAAGCCAUGGCCCUGGCCGCGGCUCUCAAGUUGGCGGACUUUUCGCCGCUCGAAAGGAAGGAGAAAGUAUAUGAAAUUAUUUCCUUAUUAGGUCUCAGUGGAGCUGCUCAGACCCUUUGCAGAGACCUCUCUGGGGGCCAGAGAAGACGGCUCGGCGUCGCUUUAGAACUCCUCUCUGACCCAUCUUUACUGUUUCUAGAUGAGCCUACUACGGGGUUGGACUCAUCAGCAUCAGCGUCACUCAUCGCACUGCUAAGCAGCCUAGCCCGAGGAGGCAGGACACUCAUUGCGACUAUCCACCAGCCUUCAGCGCUGCUCUUUGAGAAGAUAGACUCCCUAUACUGUCUGAUAAAUGGCCGGACGCUGUACAAAGGCCCAAGGGCAUCGCUGCUGCCGGCGCUGGCGAGCGCGGGGCUGCGGUGCCCACCGUACCACAACCCUGCUGACUUCUUGAUGGAGGUAGCAUCGGGAGAGUACGACGUGGACCUCGUCAGGACGGCCAAGACGAUGUUGCGAUACAAACCCGAGGCGAACCCGGAUGGCAAUGACACCGCCAGCUGGAAUGUCCCCACAAUACCCGCGUUACCUAGUUCAUUAGAUAUAUGUUCGGAGCUCAGAUUCAAAUCUGUUCUGGGAAAUACCAAGCACCAGCAGAGUCACAAGAAGACGAUGUACAGACAAUCUGGCCUUUUGCGCCAAACGUGGAUCUUGCUGUACAGGAACUAUUUAAUCACUACUCGGAAUUAUUCUCACUUUAUGCUCCGAGUGGCUUGUCACGUGAUAAUCGCGCUAAUCUUCGGCUACCUGUACCACGGCGUGGGCAGUGAGGCGAGCUCCGUGCUCGGCAACUAUGUCUACCUGUACGGCUCCAUGCUGCUGGUGGUCUACACCGGGAAGAUGUCCGUGGCGUUAUCAUUUAACCUGGAGAUAAAUAUAUUAAAAGGAGAACAUUACAAUAGGUGGUACAAUUUAGGACCCUAUGUCGUCUCUAUUCUGGCAGUGGAGCUACCAUUUCAGAUGAUCUCUUGCGUGUCGUACGUAGUGCUGUCGUACUGGUUAACAGACAAUCCUCUGGAGCCGACACGAGCGACGCUGUUCUUGGCUACCAUAGUCACCACCUCUCUCUGCGCGCAGUCAUGGGGGUAUUUCAUCGGUUCGACGACCCCUACUAAGAUCGCAGUGUUCAUAGGACCUAUAUUAGCGUGCCUGUUCUCGGUAUUCGGUUUCUGCCUGUCGUUAGCGGACACGCCCAUAGGUUUCCGAUGGUUGCACUACAUCUCGUACUUCCGGGCCGGCUUCCAUGUGGCGGUGCAUUCUGUAUACGGUUUUAACAGAACCAACAUCUACUGUUCUAAAGAAUACUGUCACUACCGAACUCCAAGUAAGUUUCUAAGCGAAAUGGACAUGAGCCACAUCGACGUCGGCGGGAACAUGACUUUCAUCCUCGGCAUGACGGUCGUCAUGCACACGCUGACGUGCAUAGCUUUAUGGUACAGGCUCAACAAGAGGUGAAACAAUUAAGAACGGCACAGAUUAUAUGUACCUAUAAAUAGUUUACGUUAAUACAUAGCGUUAAUAAUAAUGUCAAUGACUACCCUUGUACGUGCCAAGACUGUAUCAUACAAUUUUCUACUAUAGUUUUUCUAGUGGGUUGGCUUUGCUUAAAUAUUUUUUAAACAUUAUAUCCAGUGUAUGUGUAUAGUAGAUGGUAGAAUAAUUACUAGUAGAUAGGCAAAAUGAUGAAUCUCGAUCAAUUAAAUGUAGAGAUAAGAGAUAAUGUAGAGAUAAGGAAUAGCCAGAAGGGUAUUGUUUGACGUUACAGUUAGGGGUUUCUGUCAAAUUAAAGAUGUGUUAUAAUAUACUUAGUAAAAAUUUGCUCAAUUAGCUUGCCCAGUUGGAUCCGAAUUAAAACCAUGACCUUGUUAAAUCUGCAGGCAAUGAUCUGAAGUGUUUUAAUUUGUUCGCUUUAUUUACAUGAUCCAUAGUGUGGUGAUAGGUGUUUGUGUACCUAAACUAAGUUAUUUAAUGUUUAUUUAUGGUAAUUAGAUUAAUGACAAGUAUUAAUGUCAUCUUUAGCAAACAUCCUUAGUGUUAACUUGAUUUCAUUUUUGUAUUUCCUAUUACCUUAAUGUCUAUUUAAUGUUUAUGGUACCGAUGUACUGAGUUUUAUGUAAACUUUUAAAAUCGGUAUUUAUGCACACUUUUAAAUUAAAUUCCAUCUUACCUCUAAUUACCUCUUAAUUACCUCUUUUUCCAUUUCAGACGCAAAAAAUAUCCCAGGUAGUGAGUUCAAGCCGUCUUGACGCUUAAUUUGUUAUAAUGAGUCUGGUUUGGAAAACAAUGCCAAAAGAGGGUCAAAAGUUGUGUUGUCUCUAACCUACAUUGCAUAAUAAAGUGUUAAUAAGGCUAAUAUUCAAAUGACCCAAUUUUUCUUAAUCGUAUGGCAUAUAAUGAUAAUUGUGAAAUAGAAACAGUGUAAGUGUUAUAAGUCAUUCAAGAAUGAAACCCAAUGAAACUCAUAUUCAUAAUUAGCAUGUCAUCUGUACCUAAGUGUAUAUACAUUCUAUAAUUGUACAGUUAAAAACAGUAAAAACAGAAUGUAGGUAUAACAUUUAAAACUUUCGCAUUUUGAGCACAUAAUAAAUAACAUUUACUUCCAACAAAAUAAAUAUAACAAAAGAAGCAAAAAGGUAACAAAAUAAAUUCGCGAUACACCCGAUUGUAAAUGUGAUUUAGAAUGUAGGUACCUAAUUUCAGCCUUUCAAAUCGGAACUGUGACAAUGAAACACAUUGUAUACAAGUGUAUUUUACAAUAAGAUGUUACAAAAUAGUUUCCACCGCAUAAACUAAUGAGGUACAAAGGUACCUAGUUAUGUAAACAUGAGUCAAGCAUUUAAUGAUGGUCUUAAAACCAUUAAAAACGAAUAACGAAUCUCAAGUUAAUCUUUAGGGUAUUUUAAUCAACUUAUUCCUGUAAUCAUGGUAGUCCAUUGUUUGUUAAAUUAUUGUGUCUCUAUUUAGAACUCGAAUACUAAGUACUUAAGUAAAAUAAAUAAUGGAGUACGUAA